AUGUACGGAAAUGAAUUAAAAGUAUCUACAAAUAUUUAUAAUUAUAAAAAUAAUUAUGAAAGUUAUAGCAAAUUGAAAUCAGAUAAAGUUAUAAUAAAUGAUGAAAAUAUUAAUGAAAAAAAAAAAAUGCUUAAUGAAAAAUUAAGCGAGUCAAAAAGUUUGACACAAAUAAAUAAUUGCAGUGAUUUAUAUAAAAAGAAUACCACAUAUACAAAAAACUCAGAUGCUAUAAAUUUGUUUAGUAUACAAACAAAAUUAAAUAAUAAAAAUAAAAUAAAAAAAAUGUUUAGUGGAUUAGGAAGUCAAAUGAAAAAUGCUAUAAAUGUAUUUGAUGAAGUAAAAGAACAAAUUAAAUACACAGCAAAAGAAGCCAAAAAAAAUAUGAAUUAUACAUUUUGCAAAGCCCCUUGUAAUAUUGAAAGUUUAAAAAAUACUAUUUAUAUAAAUGAAGAAGAAAUAGUAAUUAAUAAAAAUAUUUAUAAUACAAUAUUUAAAAAAAAAAAAGAUGAAAAAGAAAAUAUUAGAAAAAAUGAUAAUGAAGAUAUUUUUACAUGUAAUAGUAGUGAUAUUAUAAUUAAAGGAAGUUAUAAUUUUGGUUUUGAUGUAGAAGUAAAAUAUGAAAAUGAGGAAAAUAAAAUUAUUAUACAUGCUUACGAUAAAGAUACUAAAAAAAAAAUACCUUGUUCAUAUAAAUGGAAGAGAUUAUACUCAGUUCAACAUUGUGAUUUGAUUAAUAGAAAUUUAUUUUCUAAAAAAAAUAAUAUAUAUCAUAAUGAUAAUGAAUAUGAAUUAACUUGUGAAGAUAUAGGAAUAAAAAUAUAUGUAGAAUGCUCAUGUAUAAAUAGUGAAGGGACUACUAUAGAAAAUAUAUCCAAAUACUCAAUUAAUAAUUCUACUAAUGUAGAAAAUGGCAAAAAUAAUACAUCAUUAAUUAAAAAUAUAUUACAAAAUAAUAAUGUAUAUAAUAGUAAUAAUGAAGAAAUGUUAAAAGAUUUUAAUUCUGAAAAAAAUUCAUUUAAUUUAGAUGAUUGUAAUAAAAAUUUUUCUUUGUCUAAUAGCUUAUUUGAAUCAAACAGUAACAAAAGAAAUUCGAAAUUAGAUAAAGUUAAUUAUAAAAAUAAUAAUGCAACAGAAAUUUUAAACUCUCAUGAAGCUUCAACUUUUAAUAAAAAUUCAAUGAAUAAUAUUAGUAGUAAUAAAUAUUACGGUGUAGCAGUAGCUGAAAUAGGCCCAUUCAAUUUAAAUGUGAAAACAAAAAAAAUGCUUGAAACAAUUAUACAUAAUGAUACUAUUAGAUAUCCUAUAUAUCUAAUAAAAAAAGUAAUUAAUAAUGAAGAUAAAAAUAAUGAAGACAUGAUGUUAUAUAUAAAUAAAAAAAAAAAUACAUUUAGUGAUUAUGAUGAUAAUAAUAGUAUAGAUAACCUCAGUUUAUAUUCUAAUAUAGAAAGUGAAAAUGAUGUUAUUUAUAUGUUAUAUAUACAUAAAAAUGAAAUAAAAAUAAUAGAUCAAAAUAAUAAAAUGAAGCAUAUGUGGAGUUAUAAAUUUAAUCAUAUAUAUCCAUUUGUUGAAUUUUUAGAAAAUAAAUAUUAUUUUUCAUUACAUAUUAAUGUUAAUGAAUACUAUAUUUGCAAAUGUUUAUAUAAAAGACAUCGUGAUUUAAUUGCAAUUAUACUUAGAUAUAUGCAUGCCAAUUUAUAUAUUAUAAAUGAUUAUAUUUUUAAUAAUAUAAAUCAGAGUUUUGAAAAUACAAGAGUUAAAAAUAUUUUUGACAAUAUUGACAUUAAUUCAAUUUUGGAAAAUAUAAAUAAAGAGUUAUUAAUUAAUCAAAAAUUAAAUCAAAAAUAUUUACUUAAAAUAAAUAGUUUGAAAACUGAAAAAAAUAUGCUUGAAGAGGAAUUGAAAAAUACUAUAGAAGCGUUUCAAACACAAUUAGAUAAUGUAAAAAAAUUUAAAGAUGAAAAUGAUUUACUAAAAACAAAUGAUAAAUUAAUGAAGGAAAUAAAAAUAUUACAAGAUAAAUAUAGAAAUGUUGAUUUAUUUUUUAAAAAUAAGUAUAAGGCUUUAUUGAAUGACAUUGAAAAAUAUAAAAAACUAGUUGAAGAGAAUAAAUCUAAAAUUAAUUCAGAAAAUGUUAAAGAACUAUAUAAAAAAAUUGAAACAAUUGAAAAAGAAAAGAAUGAAUUAUUAAACAAUAAUAUAGAAAUAAAUAAUUUAUAUAAUGAAGAAAAAACAAAGAAUAUAGAAUUAGAAAAGAAAUUGGAGAGUUUAAAUAUAAAAUUAGAUUAUUUAUAUAAGUCUUUACAAGAGGAAAAAAAAAAAGGAAAUGAAAAUUCUGAGUAUAUAAAACAAAUGGAAGAAUUAAAAACAAAUAAUUUAUAUUUACAACAAAAAAAUGUAAAAAAUUCUGAUGAAAUAAAUUUAUUAAUAACAGAAAAAAAUAGAUUAACUAAAUUAGUUGACUCUUUAACAAAAGAACAAGAUAAUCAGAAGCUAUUAAAAGAAGUUAUAUCUUUAAGAGAUGAAAAUGAUUUACUAAAAAAAAGAAUUAAAAAAUUUGCAAAUAUUGCAACAACAUAA